AUGUAAAUCUUCGUAAAGACAUUAACUGGAAAGACUAUUACCUUAGAUGUUGAGCCAUCUGACACUAUUGAAAAUGUCAAGGCCAAGAUCCAAGAUAAGGAAGGUAUCCCACCCGAUCAACAGAGACUUAUCUUCGCUGGAAAGUAGUUAGAAGACGGCAGAACCCUAUCUGACUACAACAUCCAGAAAGAAUCUACUCUCCAUUUGGUCCUAAGACUCAGAGGAGGUAUGUAGAUCUUCGUUAAGACCCUUACCGGCAAGACCAUCACUCUUGAUGUUGAGCCAUCCGAUACCAUUGAAAACGUGAAAGCUAAAAUUCAAGACAAGGAGGGAAUCCCACCCGAUCAAUAGAGACUCAUUUUCGCCGGUAAGCAAUUGGAAGAUGGUAGAACCCUCUCAGAUUACAAUAUUCAAAAGGAAUCUACUCUCCACUUGGUCCUAAGACUCAGAGGAGGUAUGCAAAUCUUCGUCAAGACCCUCACCGGUAAGACUAUCACCCUCGACGUUGAACCAUCAGACACUAUUGAGAACGUCAAGGCCAAGAUUUAGGACAAAGAAGGUAUUCCACCCGACCAACAAAGACUUAUCUUCGCAGGUAAGCAACUUGAGGACGGAAGAACUCUUUCAGACUAUAACAUCUAAAAGGAAUCCACCCUUCACUUGGUUCUAAGACUCAGAGGAGGUCAAUGA